AUGAUUAACCGCUUCUUGAUCUGUAUAAAGAUAAACGUUUCUGGCAUUCCUGUAGUUUGCAAAAUGUCUGGAACUUCUAUUAAAUUCCGUUGGGGUCUCAGUGCAUCUGAGCCUGAACAAACCCCAGUUUUGUUUGUGGGACAACCGGCCCACUUGUCUGCACUGUCAUGGCAAGAUAUUCGGUGCAAACUAGAGCCCCGAGUUACAGAGGAGGUAUGGCGUAGAGGUCUUUCUGUGACAUCACCAGGGGAUGUGUCUGAAUUAUGGCCUAAAGGAGCAGCAUUGGGUCUGUUACCCCCGCGCCGAUCCAGGCACACUGCUCCCUCCAGAAAUCAUGCGCUGUCAAAGAUAGUUAAAUCUGCUUUAAGGUCCACUGCUGAGGAGUAUAUUGUGUUGGUAUGUCGCAAGAGAGAUGUCCUAGCUAGUGCUGUUGCCAUCGCCCGAUCUAUUCCACUCUACUCAGCUCGUUCUGGUCCAGCACCGCUCAAUGCUUCCACAGCACCUACCCCACCAGCAAAUAGUGCUGUUAUAGUGGAAAUAUUCAUAGUUAAUAAUGAGGGUGACUCGGAUGAUGAAGCACUUAAUGAGCCAGCACUGACAGAUGGUACUUUGUCCAAUGAUGAACUGAGCACAAUACAGGACAUUGCUGAUUCUGUGCGACUUGCGGCUAAGAUCACUGAUACUCCAGCUAAUAUUAUGGAUGUUGAUGCAUUUAUUGAGGAGGCAUGUAAGGUAGCCAAAAAUCUUGAUAUCGCUGAGCCUACAGUGAUAAGAGGUGAACAGCUCGCUGAACGCGGUAUGGGAGGUAUCUACGGGGUAGGAAAGGCAUCUACCAAGCCACCAGCUUUAGUCUCCCUCUCCUAUAUGGCUCCAGGGGCUACUGAGACUGUUGCCUGGGUGGGAAAGGGUAUUGUGUAUGACACCGGAGGCCUCAGUAUUAAGGCGAGAACCUCCAUGGUGGGUAUGAAAGGUGAUUGUGGUGGUGCGGCUGCGGUGCUGGGCGCCUUUUCAGCCAUGGUCCGGGCCAAACCCACUAUCAACGUUCAUGCUGUGCUGUGCAUAGCUGAAAACUCUGUCGGGCCUAAUGCAACUAGGCCUGAUGAUAUUCACCAACUGUACUCUGGGCGCACUGUGGAAAUCAACAAUACGGAUGCAGAAGGUCGGCUGGUGUUGAGUGACGGGGUGGUGUACGCAAGACGAGAUUUGAAAGCCGAUACCAUUGUGGACGUUGCGACGCUGACCGGAGCUCAGGGUACAGCGACCGGAAAGUAUCACGCGGCCAUAAUAUCGAAUAAGGCGCCGCUCGAGAGCGCCUGUGUCGCCGCCGGGUUCAGAUCCGGCGACCUUGCGCACGCGCUGCCCUUCGCGCCCGAGUUGCACUUCACCGAGUUUUGCAGUCACGUCGCCGAUAUGAAGAAUAGUGUUGCGGAUCGCAACAACGCGCAGCCCUCUUGCGCAGGUUUGUUUAUUUUGGCUCAUCUCGGCUUCGACUUUCCCGGAAAUUGGCUACACGUGGACAUGGCUGCGCCAGCACAUUGCGGCGAGCGCGCUACUGGCUAUGGAGUGUCCCUCCUGACCGUUUUAUUCGGCAAACAUACCAACAGUCGUCUUUUGAAGGCGCUCAGCCCUUUGCGCUAA